AUGCCCUCCCUUUUAUUCCCUCCCCAGACUACGACUUCCCCAGAUAUUCUAGGCCAAGCCAAGCCUAAAAAGAUCAACAUGGUCCCAGGUCUCCCCCAUGCCUUACUGGCCCUGGCCAUGCUCGGCCAGGCCAGCGCCGCACCUUCGCAUGCGCGCUCAUCUGCGACAUGCGGCACGGUGCAGUUUGAUUUCCCGGCUGGAACAAACAAGAAUGAUCCCCGAGCUGAAGCCGUGAAAGAAGCCUAUGUGCGCGAGUGGAAUGAGUAUUCGAAAUAUGCUUUUCCUAAUGAUGAUCUCCUGCCCAUCACGCAUAAUUAUACCAAUGAUUUGUUUGGUUGGGGUGCUACCGUGGUUGAUGCUAUCGAUACGGCUGUGGUGAUGGGUCUUACCGAUAUUGUUGAGCAGCAGUUGAAGCAUAUCGCGUCGGUUGACUUUACGAAAUCCGCUUAUCUCGUCGACUUUUUCGAUGUGAAUAUUCGUUAUAUUGGAGGACUUCUGAGCGCCUACGACCUCAUCAAGAGCGGUGAUUUCCCGAACCCGUAUGAUGAUGAUCUCGUGGAAGCCCUUUUGUCUCAGGCCAAGUCCCUGGCUACGGCUAUUAGCCCUGUUUUUGACACCGUCACCGGCCUGCCUGUUGCAAAUUUGAACUUUACUUCUGGGGAGCUUGUACAAAGCACUACUACUGUGAAUGGUACUCAGUACAACAGUACCAAUACGGCCCAGGCUGGAACUAUGAUUUUGGAAUACUACCGUCUUUCGGAUCUCACUGGUGAUGAGUCUUUUCGUGAGCAUGCCCAGAAAGCUGAAGGCUAUCUGAUCAACCCCAGCCCCGCCCCGGCUUUCCCUGGUCUGGUGGGUACGGAGCUGGACACCGAGACUGGCAAAUUCAUUACCCUUGAUGGCGGAUGGGAAGCCGGCGUCGACAGCUUUAUCGAGUACCUUAUCAAAACAUAUGUCUACGAUCGUGAUGAUUCGCUUGCUUCUAAGAUGAAGGACUUCUGGAUCACCACCGCCGAGUCCAGCAUUGAGAACAUUGCUCUCCAUCCCUAUAACCAGCCGCAGAUAACCUUCCUGUCUCAACUGGAUGUCAAUGGUAGCAUCAUGUGGACCAUGGAUGAUUAUGCCUGUUUUGCUGGUGGUAACUUACUGCUCGGUGGUAAAUACCUCGACCGUCCCGAUAUCACUGAACUUGGUGUGAGGGUAUCUGACAGCUGCCACUUGUGGUACAACCAGACUCUUACUGGACUGGGACCUUCCUCGAUCGGUUGGUACAACGCUAGCAACCAGCCCUACGACUCAUCAUACAAUAACGCCACAUAUCGUGCCGAAGCCUCCAAGUAUGGAUACUUCAUCGAAGACCCUUCUUACCGCUCUUACCCUGAGCCUCUGGAGAGCAUCUUCUACGCAUACCGCGUCACCGGUGAUGAGCGCUGGCAAGAUUACAACUGGGAGAUCUUCAAUGCGCUGAAUACCACUCGCUCGACGUCUGUGCCUUAUGCCGAGAUUACUGAUGUCAAUGAACCUUAUGGUGGCACGCUGGUCAACUAUGUUUCCAGCUUUUACUUCGCUGAGGUUCUGAAAUAUCUUUAUCUCUCUUUUGCUGAGCCCGAUGUUGUUAGCUUGGAUAAGUAUGUGUUUAACACAGAGUGUCAUCCCUUUACUAUCAAGAAGACUUGUUAA